GAGACUCGUCAACACGCCAGCGUACAAAGUCAAGUUACAGAGUUCAAACCCUUACUUGUGAGUUUUCUUUCCCGUUGGCGCAACGGGCAGUGACACUGGUUACUUUGAGAGUAAAGGAGAGGGGGGGGGGGGGGGUAGAAGUUAUCCGGUCCUUCAUUCGCGCAGGAGGUCGACGGGACGUCCCUUCUCUGAAACAACCUACGACGUCGACAGCUCUGAAUUUCAUAACCGCUGAAGCACGACCGGAGGCACGUAGGGUGAAGUGUUGUUUGAUUUAUUCACCGCGAGCAACCAGCGCGCGGUUGUAAACUGUCGCGACGCGAGACAGAGAUGGCCUUUCGCCUGAGCUUGUCCGACUUGGAGGAGACGUCCAACUCUCUAAUAAUGAACCGGCUGAAUCCCGCGGACACCUGUGCACGCGCGACCACGGCUGAGCUCAGCAAGGCGGUCUCGGUGUCCCUGGGUCUGGACUCGGUGUCUUCUCCGCCUAAAAGCAUGCACCCGGGCUCCGGCGGCGCCUACGCAGACUUCGACUCCGCGGUGGAGAGCAGCUCUCGCCGAGCGCCGGAGUUAGAAGCGACUCGGCUCGUGAACCCGGAGGGCGGCCGGCGCCUGCUGAGCGGCGCAGACCCGCGGGACGACGACUUUGGAGACGCGUGCCACGGCAUUCAGCAGGUGAGCUGCAUGGAGCUGCUCAGGUCGGGCGACGUGGACGACGCGCAAGGCGGCGCGCGCGACUCGGUGAUAUCCAGAUACGUCUGCAAGGAAUCCAACUUGUUCAUGAGCCCGGAUGCGGAGCUGCCAGCGCACUCUCAGGUGGACGAGCUCUUACCUUUGGGACCGUACUCCGCGUACUCCGCCGGGCCGAACCUGUACAGAGACCCGCCGAGCGUGUGGCGCGCGUACAGCAGCCGAUCCGAACCAGAGAGAGGCGGAACCGGCGAACAUGAGUUGUUGUGUAAAUACUGUAACUGUGAGCAAGCCUCUCUCGGAUCCCGACGGGAAUGCCACUGCGUCUGGUACAGCAAGGGUGAGCAGGGUGGCAAAGGUGGCACGCGAGCGGCGGCGGCGGCGGCGGUGGCACAAGGGUACGGCCAGGUGGAAAGUUACCAAUGUGCGAUUCCCCAGGAGCAGUUCACUCUGUCCGCCAUCAAGACCGAGCCGUCGGUGUGGAUGGAUUGCUCGGAUCGCAGUUUCAGGCAUGAGGACUUGUUUCCAGGUGUGUACCUGUCAGACAGGAGAGUGUGCCAGGUGUGCGGGGACGAUGCCUCCGGUUGCCACUAUGGAGCCGUCACCUGCGGGAGCUGCAAAGUAUUCUUCAAGAGGGCUGCCGCAGGUAAGCAGAACCACCUGUGUGCCAGCCGGAACGACUGCACCAUCGACAAGCUGAGGAGGAAAAACUGCGCCUCGUGCCGCUUGAAGAGAUGCUUCAUGUCGGGAAUGAGCCUGAAAGGUCGCAGGCUGAAGGGAACUGGACAGCCGAGGAGCGGAGAGGAAGAACAAGGGCCUGGAGAAAGAGCUGAACGGGCCAGGAAGAGAGACGUCCUCUUUGAGCCGGGAAGCGUAGCCGUCAUGGCUCAAAGUGAGGCGUCCCAGGCUCUGGCUCUCAGCAUCCCCCCGACGCUGCGCUCAUGCCUCUCCCUGCUCAGCGUCCUGCAGGCCAUCGAGCCGGCCGUGGUCAAUGCGGGACACGACCACGCGCAGCCAGACAGCCCCGUGUCCCUGCUCACCAGCCUCAAUGAGCUGGGGGAGAGGCAGCUGGUAACCGUGGUGCGUUGGGCCAAGGCGAUACCAGGUUUCCGUGACAUGCACGUAGACGACCAGAUGUCAGUGAUUCAGUUGUCUUGGAUGGGGGUGAUGGUGUUCGCUUUGGGCUGGAGGUCCUACACUCUCACUAACAGCUCCAUGCUGUACUUCGCUCCAGACCUGGUCUUCAAUGACCAACGGAUGCAAGUGUCCAGUAUGUAUGAACACUGUGUGAGGAUGAAGCUGCUCUCCCAGAGGUUCUGCAUGCUGAAGGUCACUCAGGAGGAGUUCCUCUGCAUGAAGGCCCUGGUCCUCUUCAGCAUCAUGCCAGUGGAGGGCCUGAAGAACCAGCGUUGUUUUGAUGAACUGCGGACCUCCUACAUCAAGGAGCUGGACCGCUUGGCCAGCCACUGCGGAGAGACCACCCGCACACAGCGACUAUUUCAGCUCACGCAGCUGCUGGACUCCCUCCAGUCGAUCGUGAGGAAGCUGCACCAGUUCACCUACGAUCUGUUCCUCCAAGCUCAGUCCCUCCAGACGCGCGUCAACUUCCCAGAGAUGAUCUCCGAGAUCGUCAGCGUCCAUGUGCCUAAGAUCCUCUCGGGCAUGGUCAAGCCCAUCCUUUUCCACAACACAGCCUAAAGGAGAGGCCCCUGUGCUCGCUCCGAUGUGUCGCCUGACUCUGGGGAAGCUGAAACGGGCUCCAGAGGGUUUGUGGUUUCACAAGGUGAAGUGAACCGAUGGAGCACGGUGAAGCUAUGUAGGGCAUAAAGCGCAUUCCUCCAGUCUAAUUGCAUCCACUUUGUUCUUCUUACUGCCUGCUAGCUGUAUCUCUCUCUCUCUCACACACACACACACACACAACACAUGUUUUCUGGAGCCAAUUUUAAAAACACGCAUUCCUUCACACGGGCUCAUGAAAGGCCGAACGCCUGCCAUAGAUGUCUUCAUAUUUAACUGACAACGGGUAAUAUUUUAUUUCAGGAGGCGAGCCGGUAGUAAGAAAAGCCCGAGGUCUGCAGAGUUCACAUUGCCGUAGCUUGUGUCUGUGCGUGCAGUGGUAUGACAUUUGCACUCGCUUCUUAACAAUGAAUGUUCUUGUCUGCGCCUGAGGUGAGCGAAGUUGAUUGACAGUUAAUAAACGGCUGUGGCAUGCAUGCUAAGACACUAGUCUGUCUUGCCUGAAUACAAGGACAGCCCUGAUAGCGGUUCUGAUCCACAGGGGUCAGAGCCGACUCGUAGUUUUAGGUGUCCACAAAUCAAAUACGCUUUUAAACUGCAAGUGACCGCCAUCAAUGCCAAUUCCAGAUGUAUAUUUAAGAAUUUUCUAAUAUCAAAAGGUCAAACUGAAGAAAAAUAAUAAUACGAAAUACUUUAACUCUACUUAACUGUGGCAAAUCCUUUUUCUGCUGUGUGUACUUUGCUUGUUUUUUGAAUGCCAAACAUUAUUCAAGUAAAAAAGAAUUCCAGGAUGAACAUUUCAUACUGUUGUGACUUUUUCUACAGUUUCUUAACAAGUGUUGCUCGCAAGUGCUUUUGUUGUGUGUCACCAUGCGUAGGCAUCGUAGCUCCUGACAUGACAAACCGACCCACAAAGGUCCCGCCAAGAAUCCGCUAAUUGUGUUGCCACACGGUAACAGCUCAUUGUGUAAUAAAAAGUGAAGCAUGG